UCAAUUUGUGUAAUUCAAGGAAGUUAGACAAGAAAAAAAUGUUUAAUGAAUGCAAAUGAAAAUUUGAUGAAUCCAAAACCAAAUAGACUAUUAGAAGAAUUCUUUAUCGCAUGGAGAAGAAUAUACAAGGAAACAGAUCACGUAUCCUAGGAGCUCGAUAUUCAAAAAUCCCAAAACGCUAAUUCACAGUCAAUUUGUGUAAUUCAAGGAAGCUAGACAAGAAAAAAAUGUUUAAUGAAUGCAAAUGAAAAUUUGAUGAAU